AUGCCCUUGUCGCCAAUACACGCUGCGUCCCUCGUGGACCCCGCCACCCACUCGCCUGCGAUGAUGGAGCUCGUUGAUAUACGCCUCACAAAGCCGGUCGUCGAAUACCUCAUUGAGAGUGUUGUUGAGACCGUCGACUUCGCCGUGGGCCGUGCCUCGACACCGAGGGGCCGCAACCCGUCGUGCUACCUCUCCUCGUUCACCACCUUUGUGCACAAUGUCCUCACUCGCGCCGAAGUAACGCCCGCCACUGUCCUAACUUCCCUCAUCUACAUCGCCCGCACCCAUCCCCAUCUGUCCAUCGCGCUUGAAGAGUGGGCGUUGGAGCCGCGUCUUCCUCGGCGCGCUUAUUGUCGCCUCCAACGGGAUGUGGGCCGGAUCGAGCGCGAAUUCCUCGAGGUGCUCAACUGGGAGCUUUCCAUUAAAGAAUCCGACCUCCUUGCGCACCACUCCGCGCUUAUGGCCAUCGCCUUCCCCUCCAAAUUCACUCCCACUUCCUUCGUCCGCACACACGCCCGCCACGCCUCAUCCCCUCCCCUUCCCGACCUUGCCCCGAGUUCACCAGGCUCGUCGCUCGGCUCGUUCUCGCCCCCCACGCCUCUGCAGCAGCACGUGUCCGUGGAGGUUGUCCCCCAACAGAAGGGCAAAUUCAGCGACAUUACCCGCGCGUUUCCCAUCCCUAUGACCCUCCGCCACCACGGCGGCGUAAAGACGCCCCUUGGCGUCAAGUUUCUCGCAACCUGCGAUCCGCGCGAAUAUGAGUAG